AUGCACCGAAUUUCUUUCGAAACCGAAAAGAAGUGCAAGACAAACUUGCUGUUAGGGACCAAAGUUUCAUUGUGUUCAUGUAAUGACAAAAUGAAAGAAUGUUUACGUGAAUUGGCUAAUCAGGAAAUUGAACUUGCUUAUGAAUAUCUUCAAUUGGCAUCAAAAGUCGGUGCACAAAACGCUUAUCCGGGCUUUGCCAGUUUGUUUACAAAAUUAAGUGAUGACGACUCAUCGCGAGGUCACGAACUCGUGAAAUACAUUGCUUUACGUAAAUUAUCAAUCAAUUCAUUGAUUAAAAAGGAGGGUAUCAAAAAUCGCGUGCACGCACUCCGCGAAACUGGCGUCGUCAAGUACUUAGAAACUGCUCGUGAAUUCAACAAGAAGAUCUUGCAAGCAGUUGAGACCUGUCACGAAGACUCCAAUGAUGCUAGUGCUCAAGAUUAUCUUGAGUCGCACUUACUUGACCAUCAUAUCGAAGUGGGAAAACUUUUAGAAGAUCUUUUGAAUCGCAUCAAAACUGGUUCAGACGCUGACAACGCAUUGAUCACCUACAUGGUCGACGAAGAACUUUUGAACACAUACGGUGACCGUCGCAAAGAUGUUUUUGCUUAA